AUGCCUGUUGCUUCAAGAUUGAUGGUACGUGGCGAGAAUCCACUGGUACUUAAUCAAGAGGAAUUGAGAUUGACCUCUCCGCUAAAUUCAGACACCAUCUUGAGGGACUUUGGGAACGAGAAGGGUUCAGUCAGAUUUUACUGUCAUACCCACAGGAUGCCAGCCAUUGAUCUUUUCUCCUGUGGUCAUCUUGGUCAAGAUUUUUUCUGUCUUCAUGAAGAGAAAUCAGAGGGAGAAAGGACAGUGACUAGGUGUCUGACAAAUUAUUCUCAGGAUCUGGUGAUCCUUGAGGAUGUGGCUGUGGAAUUCACCCAGGAGGAGUGGACUUUGCUGGAUCCAACUCAGAGAAACCUGUACAGAGAUGUGAUGCUGGAGAACCACAAGAAUCUGGUUGCAGUAGGUGGAACAAGAAGGAGAGCUGAGGAUAGUGGGAGAAGUUCUGCAAAGUAAGGGAAAAGGGAGAUGUGAUUCUUUAUGAAAAACAGCAGGAAUCCAUGAGAGCUGCAGUCCAUUUGGAAAUGUUAAACAGGAAGCUUUUGAAGAUGGAUUUUUCCUGAGAAUGCUGGUGCCUUUGGUUUCUGAGGUUCCUUGGGUCCUUCAAACUUCUCUUUAACUUUUCAUCUACUUUCUGAAACUUCCUUUUGACCUGACAGUAAGAUCUAUUUCUUCUUUAAAUUCUGCAUUUAGUUCUUCAUUCGUUUUCUUUCAGCUUUGUUUUCCUGGUUAUGUUGCUCUCUGUUCACCAUCAGUCUCGACAUGUAUAGAAUCAUUUCUUAGAGAAUCACCUACCAAUUUGACCAGCACCCUUUUUCAAUGCCAAACUCUUAAUAUAGUCAGACUUUUCAAUCUCUGUAUGUUCAUGUCUUUUUUAUUUUGUAAUCUAUAUUAAGUCAGUCUUUGAAAGUAAAUAGGCAUUGGUCUUUAUUUUUAACUUCUUUCCAUCAUUUAUUCCUCCAAG